AUGGAUUCCCCAAUUCUAGAUUCUUUUCUCCCAAAUCUUCCCCUCUUUUUUUCCAUGUUCUUUGCAAUUUACUUGACUGCCCAUAUCACCGUCUUCCGAAACUGGACUCCGAAGCUCCGGCCGGAAGCUGCUAGCUGUUUGAUGUCACUCGCGCAUGGCACACCUGCUGUUUUCUUGGCCUGUCACGCCAUCCUUUCCGACUCCAAUCGUGGAUUCGCAUCGAUCAACACCGAUUUUCAAAACACCGUCCUGGAAUACAGCAUUGCAUACUUCGUCAUGGAUCUUUCUCAUUAUCUCAUCUUCAACCCUAGCGAUGUCCUCUUCAUAGCACACCAUUUGGCCACCCUUUUUGUGUUUAUAACAUGUCGAUACUUGGUGUUUCAUGGAGCGUAUGGCAUUCUGAUUUUACUGAUACUGGCGGAGGUCACCAGCUUCUUUCAAAACGUUUGGACGCUGGCAAGAGUGCGGAAAACCGACUCCAAGAUUGCAGCCCAGAUGAUGUUAUUCCUAGGUGGGUUUGGGUUUCUUGGAUCUCUGUUGUCAUUGCAGCCAUUUCGGUUAGUGUACUUUGGAUUUAUAACCGGUGGCUUGAAUUGUAUAGUGGAAGAAUAG